AUGCGCUUUACCUAUCAGCUGACUAUGACUUCGUGAAAACUACCAACGAACGUGUUGUUCAAUGUUCAUUGUUGGAAGAACGUCGAAACGAGAGUAUUCACGUUACUUCCCUUAAAUAAGUUCUCUUUAAUCGUUUUACACAGAAAACAUGUUGUUCUUUGGAAUAUUAUUCAUAUUUUUGGCAACUACCUCUGCUGAAUAUUGCACUGAUGAAGUGAACAAAUUUUGCAGUACUACAAAAAAACAUGAGAUAGGUAUUGAAUCAAAUUGUAAUGCAACAUAUGGAAAUAUUCAUGAACUUUUAGUACCUCUUCAAUCUUAUGCAUAUGGUAAUAUUGAAUAUAGUUUUCGAUUUUUAUUAAUGUCUUCUUAUUUGGGAAAUUAUGAAAAUCAACGUGAAGGAUUUAAGAAAUUAUAUCGUAAAUAUUCUGAUGAAAUGUGGGAGAAUGGAAUUGAUUUAAUUAAAUAUAUUACUAAACGAGGUGGUUCAAUGAACUUCGGACAAGAGCCAAAGUUUACUCCUAUGAUAAAAACUUUAGAAUUGAAUGAAUUUGCAAGUUUAGCCACAGCACUUGAAAUUCAAAAAUCAUUUGCAAACCAAGCAUUAAAGAUACAUGAAAAAGCAAGUAAAAAACAAGAUUCUGCUAUUGCUCAUUAUAUUGAAGAGAAAUUUUUAGAACCACAGGCAGAUCGUGUUCGAGAAUUAGCAGGUCAUAUAAGGGAUAUGAAACGUUUCAUUGAUGAAAGUAGUAGUCAUUUAUCUAUAUUUUUGUUUGAUCAAUAUCUUCAACAAAGUGUAUAAUUCGUUUAUUACAGUUAAAAAGACAUAUAAAUUAAAA